AGAUGACAUCGUAUUGGGUAUCUUCAUCGUUUGAAAUAUUUUUUGCUGGGUACUUUUUGUUUAAUAAAAUGAUAUGGCAUUAGUUGUAUUAAAAAAUGGCGUGAGCUAUAGAAAACUACUUUUAUUAAUGGGUCAUACUACCGUUUUAAUAGAAUAAAUAUGGUAUAUUUGGAUUUUAAUAUUUUUACAUAGUUGAAAUGAAUACCCGUAUUUGAAAACCCGUAAUGAUCCAAACCGAAUCCGAACUAAAAUUUAUAAAUAUCCAAAUAGGUUUUAAUCUCUCAUCUAAAGACCAGUAUCUGAAUAGUUGGAAUCGAACCCGAACUCUUGCCCCUACAUGUAGUCUAUAAUUUGAAUAGAGUAAUAUAGGCUAUACCUUCCUCUUUAAACAUACUUAAUUAAUUAUUAAUAGCAUGAUUAAUUGACAGACUUAAUAAAUAAUAAUCAAUAAUUUGCAAACAAAUUCGGUGGCCUAGUGGAACACAGCACGCACAUGUUUACAUAGCCUGGGUUCGAUCUACUCACAUCGUCUUUUCAUCUUUUCUAUCUUUUUCUUUGUUUUUUUUCAUUAAUGGCAUAAUGAUAUGGGUUAGAAUAUUAAAUAUAUUUUAAAUGGUCCCGAUCAAAUAGAAAACAACUUGUAAAAGCGGAAGUUGCAUAUAAAUAGAGGUUUCCUACUAUUAAGGAGUGGUGGUUAUUUUCAAAAAAGAAAAUGAUGUGGUGGUUAGUUUUGAAAAUUAAAAAGGCAGAGUAGUUAUCACAUUAAAAAGGUAUGUAUCGUUAAAAAUAGUUGUUGGAUCCAACUUUUAUCAAUGGGUCAAACAGGUGUUUUAAUAGAAUAGAUACACCAAUCAUCGAAAUAAAAUAAAUGAAUUAGGCCCUAAUAAUUAGGACGAUCGUUACAAAAAAAAAUCUAAAACCCAGAGUAACCGCUCCUUUAUUCUCGCUCUAAAACCCUAACAUUUUUCUCUCUCAUAUAUAGCCUAUUGAGACAGUUAACGAGUAGACAACUUACAAGGUUGAAGUCUUAUUUGGAUCAAAACAAAAGACACGACAUUAUCCUCUAAAAUCAAUCUCCAGGUCUUUGAUUCUCUCUAUAUAUCCUCUCUUGUCUUUUUUCUUUUUAUCUAAUUUGUUUUAACAGAUAAUUUAUUAGCUCGUUACUAACUAUUAACGAUUAAUCAAGCUUAAAAAUCAUCUAUUAAAACACUUUGUAACUCCUACUGAUUGCUUCACCUUCUUGUUUUCUACAGGUUGUUUCAUCUUCUCAAUGUCGUCCAUGGAUUGUUUAAGCAACUUCUUUACUUGGGAUCCUCCUAUCCAGCUCCAGGAUUGUUUUAUCCCAGAUAUGGAUAUGAUUAUCCCAGAAACCGACAGUUUCUUCUUCCAGUCUCAACCUCAAAUGCAGUUUCAUCAGCCAUUUGUUCAAGAAGAAGCUCCUUCACAGACCUUUAUAGAGCUCACUGACUUUGACUCUUUCUCCGACCAGUUUCUUCCUCCCCAAGAAACCCAUCUUCCUUACCCUAAAGCUGAAACUUUCGACGAAAUACACUACUUGGAUUCCUUCCUUCCCACGCCAAAACGCCAGAAACUUGUUAACUCAAGCUACCACUGUAACACUUUCACCCAUUUCCCAAACCCUAACCUUGAUAUCGUUCAACAAGCUUCCGUCUUCCCUGAGUUUCGAGUUCAUGACAUCCCCUUGGUGUUCAAGGCAGGUCUAGGAGAUCAAGACGGGGCCAAGAAACCAAAGCUUUCAUCUCAGAGCAUGGCGGCUCGAGAGAGGAGAAGAAGAAUUGCUGAGAAGACCCACGAGCUCACGAAACUAGUCCCUGGUGGCCAGAAACUUAACACCGCCGAGAUGUUCCAAGCCGCCGCUAAGUAUGUCAAGUUCUUGCAAAGCCAAGUUGGCAUCCUCCAAAUGAUGCAGACCACAAAGAAGGUAACAACCAGCCUCCAAAAACAACACUACAAAUUAAUUGAAACCCUAACCGUGUUGUCUAACGAGGUGGUUGUUAUUUUGCAGACGCAGGGUAUCACUGAUGUGGAAAUAGAAACUCAGUUUUUGCUUGAGUCGCAAGCAGUCCAGGAGAAGCUAUCAAUGAAGGAAUUAUGUUUGGUUCCAUGUGAAAUUGUUCGAGAUCUAACAAGUGAAGAAUCCAUUUGGAGAAACCCAAAGAUUUCUCGAGAGAUCGACAAGUUACUGUCCACAGAUCUGGCUAACUAGUUUUAGUUCUAAGCAUGAAGCUUUGUGUCUGUUCUUGCUUGUUUGUGUUCUUAGUUUGUGUUUUGUAUUGUUGAUUAGUGGCUAAUUCUGUUAACUGGGAACUAAUACUUUGUGCGUAUUAGUCUCAUGUAUAGGUAUUAGCAACCGUAUCUAGUUGUCCAUGUAUUAGCUAUCAUUUGACAUUUUAAUGGCUAGCUAAUGUAUGUCCACAUGUUGAAACUUUUACUUUUUAACAAAAUAACAAUUCUGUUUCUCUUUUUUACUUUGUGGGUAUUACUAAUUUAA